AUGCUUGGUGUGUUCCGAAUCUUCCGCGGCUUUUUCAGCUUCUUCGCUUCCAGAGGUGGCAUUCGGGGUCGCAUCAACAAGGGCGUGGACAGGCUCUUCGACCACAUUGUCAGGAAGCAAUUAGUGGAGUUCUUGCUCAUGCCGAAGCAGAACAUCAAGAUCCAGCCUUCCCAAGGCAUCCUGCACAUCGAACGGGCCCAGCUGCGUUCCUCACGGCUGAACAAUCUCCAUUUGCCAUUGAUUUUGACAGCGGGCAUUCUGGAUAUGGUGCACCUGGAGCUCAAAAUGGUGAAGCUUAACGCGGGUCAUCACCGCCUGAUGGUACUUAUCCAAAAUGUGAUCUUGGUGAUGGGCCCUGGACGGAGCGAGGAAAGAUCAUCAGAUUGGAACUUCCAUGACGUCAAGGCUGCUAAGACCAAGACCAUCAAGUUGGCCUCCAAGCUUCUAGAAGCCUUUGCCAAGCCCCCAAAGCAGCCGGCGAAGCCCCCGCCGCAGCAGAUGCACGGCUCGGUGCGCGUGCAGAAGGAGGCCGGCUCCAGCUGGCUCCGCCGGAAGUUGGCCAAGCUCCUCCGGGACAUUCUCAACAACGGCAUGCAAAUUGCCAUCCACGACUUUGAGAUCCGCUACGAGGACGAGAACUCGGGCAUCUGCGGGCCCUAUCGAAUCUUAGGCGGCUUCGUGGUGGACAGUUUGCAGCUGCGCGCCGUGAGUGCGGGGCAGGGCCAUGGUGACGAACAGCAUCUCUUCCGUGCGAAAGGUGAUUGGCGUGCUGGCUUAGGGCAACCAGAGGACUAUGGCCGGUCACCCUCCUCCUGGCGGACAAUGUCCUUCCGCAACACUUUCUCCAACCCGUUGUUCGGCAAGACGGCUCCGGCACCGAGCAUCUUCGACUUUAGCGGCCUGGCAGAGCUACGUGAUGCCUACCGGGCUGAUGCUGCGGAGUUGGCAAAGUUCUUGGAUCAGCUGUGCUUGACCCUUCAGCAGGGCCAGGAGGGGUGGUUGGCCAAAGAUGCGGAGAUGCAGAAACGCUUGGCAGACGCUGUCGUCCGCCUCGAUGCCGCCCACCAAGCCAGCGAGGCCGGCGGCCAAGCCGAGGCCUGUGAGGAUGCAGCGCCGGUGAAGCCGGACCGUGCGGUGAAGGCGACGCCGAAUCCCACCGUGCCGACGCCCUGCAAGGCACCACCUCCCAGCCUCCGGACGCCCGUGAAGGCGAAACCCAUGGAGAAGGACUCCAAGAAAGAAACCGCUUCGGGCACCGCCCCUCCCUCAUCAAAAGCAGCGCCGCCAUCCCUGACCACUCCAGUGAAGGCACCUCCACCGACGUUAAAGCCCAAGGAGGCCAAGGUGGAGAAGGAGGAGAAGGAGGAGAAGGUGGAGAAGGUGGAGAAGGAGGAAAAGGUGGAGAAGGAGGAGAAGGCGGAGAAGGAUUCUCAAGAGGAGCCUCAGGGGGAAGAGGAGGCUCCUCCUCCUCCACCACCACAGCCUUCUUCAGGGCCUUCAGUGGUGGGCUACAAGGCGCCACCGCCAGGAAUCGGCAAAGAGAAGGAUCCAGCUCCUCCCGUUGCCAACGCUGGCACCGCUUCCCCUCCGAAAAGCCCCGCCGUCAAGGCAGCUCCUCCCUCACUGAAGAGUCCGACAGUGAUAACAGCGUAG